AUGGGGGCGGAGCGGCACAAACAGCGUCGCCCGCGCAAGAAUCUGAGCUGUAUCCCAUGUAAGGACCGCAAGAUCAAAUGUGACAGAAACGUCCCGCAGUGUGCUUCCUGUGUUGCGCGCGGAAUUACAAUACAGUGUCGCUGGGGCGAUGAGCGCGACGAUGUAAAGCCGGAUAAAGGCCCGGAACCCUGGUACGAGGAGCAGAAGCCGUUGAAAAGUACGGUGCCGCAGCCGGCCAAGCACAUAUUCCUCGAUACACUGCCUAUGCUGCCCACAAUUUUGCUUGCGGAGCUGGUCGAGACGGACAUGUUUCGAUGGCGCAAAGAGAUGCAGACGCAUUUGGACAAACUGCCUGGCUGGGAAGCGACACUAGACAUGGUAUCGUUCUACAUGUCGAAUAUGGAACCGAUAAUAUGCUGCAUGAAUUCAGCAAUAUUUAAUAGGCAGCUGCAUGAUCUUUGGGUGCAGCUCACUUGGGUGUACGGCUCGGCCAAGCCAAAGAGCAUUGCAGAGAGCAUUGCCGGCUCGCUCGGCGCUGCACCUGUCCCACGAGAAGUACAAGAGAUGCUGUUUUGGACAGAUGCACGCAAUUAUGGACUCUUGGCGCUGCUAUUCAUUAUCAUCAACACCGUCGAGCAAGUCAAGCGUUCUGACGCCGCAUUCCAGCAAGAUUCCUUAGACGAGACUACAGCAAAACCGUGCAUCUAUUUCCUGCAGCACUCCAAUUACCUGGAGGAGCCUACUCUGUGGACACUGCAGACAUGUGUACUGUUACAGCACUACUACUUCCGCAGUUCGCGGAUUGCGCUGGGCGCUGCAUGGAGCGCGACGGCGGUGCACCUCGCGAAACUCAUGGGUCUGAACCGGUUGGGGAGUGCAGUGAAGGAUAUCAUGCAUUUGCAAAUGAAGCAGGAGACGGCAGAAGACCACAUGCUAAUUGGAAUGCCUUGGGCACGCGCGUUUGCGCCUGGCGAUCCGCCACAGCGCGAGCUGGGCCGCAAAAUAUGGAGCACACUUGUGACAAUGGACUGGUACAAGUCGCUGCAUGUCAAUUUUAACCAUAUGGUGUCGGACAACAUGAACUAUACUGACCUCCCACUCGCGCUAGAAGACGACGAGUUGGAGCGGAUGGCGUCCAUGUCUUUGGAAACCUUGCAGAAUCGCGACCGUGUCUCUCCCAACCUGUACGUACAACACCAGUUUCGCAUUGCGCGCGUUGUACGCGAUAUUUCGGAAAUAUCCUUGCAGCGGCUCAGCCAAGGACUCUCGGUCAAACUGCCGUACGAGCAUCUAUUGGAAAUUGAUAGCCGCCUGCACCGUAUUCUGCAGUCCUUGCCAGACGUGCUGCGUUUCGACGGGGUGACGGAAAACACGCAGCACAUACGGCAGAUCCAUGCUUCGCACUCGUACCUGCCGCUGCAGCGGCUUUUUAUGCAGGCGUCCGUGCACAGCCGCUUACUGCGCAUGCAUAUGCACUUUCUCACCGACGGUUUGGAAGAUACACAGUACCGCUACUCGGCCAAUACCUGCAUCGCGAGUGCGUGCAUUGUGAUCGCAGUGUGGGAAGAGCUGCAGCGUGCCAAGAACCCCCAAGAGAUUUUGAAUUACAUGAUGCGGUGGCACCUGAUGGUAUCGGCAUUGGCCCUCUUUUAUGUACUCGAGUUUCUCGCCAAGCACCCAGAGUGCGAUGGGAUGUCGGAGGAGAUACGAACGCCAAAACUGCGGCAUGCAUUCAUCAUCGUGACUGCGUUCUUAGAGAAGCUAAAACCUUUUAUGCCGUUCGACAAGUACGGCAUCCAAGCAAAUCCAAUCGAUGGGCUGUCGCGAUACAGCGACCAUCUACGUGCGCAGGACCAAAACACCAAGGGGCUGCGUAUGGAGUCUGGAAUUCCCGCCGUGCCCAUGGCGCAGCGCGCCGGCUUGGCGGAGCUGGAGCCGCCUGCGUGGGUAGAAUCUUCCUGGACGCUGGACGACGCUGCAUUGCUUUCCGCCAUUCAGCAGUGGCUGCUGGGCGAAGAAGGAGGAGCGGGCGUUCCGGGGUGGAGUACAAUGCCGCUGCAUAAUACGACGAUGUAG